AUGUCCUUUACUAAAGAUAAUAAUUCCAAUAUUGUAAUAGGAACUCUAGUAACACCAUCUGAAUUUGACAAUUUAAUUGAACUUGCUGGAGAAUUAUGGAAAGAAUGGGGUCAUGAACAAAAUUCCACAACAGAGUUGUACGUGCAAAUUGGAAGAUAUUGCUUAGGUAAAAAUCCAUAUAAUAGGCUAUAUUCUUCCAAAUAUGAUACAUCUCUCAAUUGCUGGUUGUUAAUAAAUGAUGGUAAAAAUCAACUUUCAAGAUUGGCAAUAAAACUUUUCAGCAUUACACCCCAUUCAGCUAGUUGUGAGCAAAUAUUUUCUUCUUUAGGAUGGUUCUUUAGAAAUUAUAUAAGUAAAACAUACGAAGAAGAAGAGUUACAUGACUUAUUAUUUGAAAUAAGCAGUAAAUUGGGAGAUACAGAAGAUGAUGUUUUUGAUGAAACUACUAUUAAUCAAGAUAUGGUACGAGCAAGAGAAUUAGAAUGUGUAAUUAAUUAUGAAUAUGAAUUAGAAAAUGAUGAUCUUACUAUUGAAAGAUCGGUAGACUUAAGUUCUUGGAUAAUCAUUGAAGUUAGUUCAACUCCCGUUUUAACAUAUAAAUCCGAUUCAAGUAAUGAUAAUGAUUGUGAAGAUUUUGAUCCCAAAGAAUUGGCCAAUAAAUAUAGAAUAAAUAUGAAGGAUAAUGAAAAUACUAAUGAGGAUUAG